AUUAACGCGCAGCCGCAGCGGACGCAUGCGCGGUUACCUUUGCCUCGGCGCGGCGCGAAAACAUUUUGACGAUAUUUUUUUUACUAUCGAAUUUUUUAACAUAAAAAUAGUUUUUAUUUCAAAUAGUUAACACAAUAUCUGUUUUAAAAUAUACUGUAUAGUGUUUGUAUUGAUUGAAGGAGCAAAAUAAAUCAAAAUGAAAUAUAAGGUCAAAGAUGUCGACAGCGAGAGUCAGCGCUGUAGUAAUAUGCCCGACUGCAAGCUGGAGGAGAAACUAGAGCGCACGGUCCGCUGUUCAUCGGUGUUGAUCGGUGCGUUGGGACUGUCCUUGGUGGCGCUCGCAAUCUACACAACUGUUCUGGUGCUCACCGAAAACAGGAGCCCAAGACCCUGCAACAGCGAAGAAUGCGUCGGUACAGCAUCACGUAUCCUUUCAUCCUUGAACAAAGACGUGGAUCCAUGCACGGACUUCUAUGAGUUCGCAUGCGGCGGAUGGAUCAAGAAGAACCCGGUGCCGGAGUGGUCGACGUCGUGGGACCAGCUGGCCUUGCUUCGCGAGCAGUUGAUCGAAAAUCUACGCGAGCUCCUCGAAGCUGAAGAUAAGGAAGGUCUGCCCGAGAGUGUUGUUAAAGCGAAGAAGUUGUAUAGAACUUGUAUUGAUACCGACAAAUUGGAAGAAAAAGGUAUAAAACCGAUCGAGGAUAUUUUGGAGAAACUGGGACUUACCCCUAAGCCGCCAACAGAGGCUAGCGCCAACUUCUCGUGGGAAUCGGUGACGGGGAAGGGAAGAAGGUUGCUGGGGCUGAACGUGCUACUCAGUGUACAGGUGGCCGAGGAUGUCAGGAAUACCAGCCGGAACCGUAUCGUGGUAGAACAAGUGUCCCCUGGAUUCAGCGAGCGGUACCUACUGAAGCCAGAGCAGUUCGGGCACGAGCUGGCGCAGUACCACAAAUACAUCCGCGAGGUGGUCGCCAUCGCAGACCCUGACACGGACGCAGACGCCUUCGCUGACGACAUCAUCAGCUUCAGCAAAAGUCUGGCUAAGAUAAUGACUCCUAUGGAAGUGAGAAGGAGCGGGACACAUCUGUUCCACGAGGUGAGCGUGUCGCAACUCGUGCAGGGAACUGCUGGUGGCCCGGCUGAAUGGAAAAAGCACGACUGGGAUCUAUAUCUACGGUUGGUGUUCGCUAACACCAGCGUGGUGCUGCAGCCGGAUAGCGACCGCAUUAUCGUCAUGGACCUGCCCUAUCUGCAGAAGUUAGCGGUCCUGCUCAACGACACCAAGCCCGUCAUUGUUGAACGGUUCGUGUGGUGGAGCGUGUUCUCGACGGUGGCGCCGAUGACGCUGCGCUCGUUCCGCGCGCUCGGGUUCGAGUUCUCGCGCGCCGUGCUCGGGCUGCGGCAGCGCGCGCCGCGCUGGAAGUCGUGCGCCGCCAACGUCAACGCCAACUUCGGCCUCGCGCUCAGCUACGCCUACGUCAACCGCCACUUCGACCAACACUCCCGCCAGAAGGCGAUCGAGAUGGUGGAGGACGUGCGCGCUGCGUUCGCGCAGGCGGUGGAGCGGCUGGACUGGAUGGACGGCAGCACGCGGCGCCGCACGCUCGCCAAGCUGCGCGCCAUCCGCAACUUCGUGGGCUUCCCCGCCUGGCUGCUCGACACGAGCAAGCUCGACCGCCACUACCGCCACGCUCAUGUGAUCGAAGGUAACCUGUUCGACACGUAUUUGAACCUGACCGGGGCGGCCGUAAAAAAGUCCUUGGAGACACUUAGGGAGAAACCGGACAGGAACAGAUGGGUGGCGACCGCUACAACUGUGAACGCGUUUUAUUCGGCUACCCUCAACUCAGUCACGUUCCCGGCCGGAAUCCUACAACCGCCAUUUUACGGAAACGGAAUCGAAGCAAUAAAUUACGGGUCUAUCGGCGCCAUUAUGGGACAUGAAGUGACGCACGGCUUCGACGACCAAGGUCGCCGGUACGACGAGGAGGGCAACCUGAAGCAGUGGUGGUCGGCAGCGACGCUGGAGCACUACCACGGCAAGGUGCAGUGCAUCGUGGACCAGUACAGCCGCUACCACCUGCCGCAGCUGCCCAACUACACCGUGCACGGAUUCAACACGCAAGGCGAGAAUAUCGCGGACAACGGCGGGCUUAGAGCAGCGCUCAACGCGUACGAGCUGCACACGCAACGUCACCCAGAAGCGGCCCGGGACACGCUGCCCGGCCUGCCGCAAUACUCGCACCACCAGCUGUUCUUCCUGGGCUUCGCACAGAUAUGGUGCGGUAAUUCAACAGUCGGCGCUUUAAAAUCAAAAAUGGUGGAAGGAGUUCAUAGCCCAAAUAAAAUAAGAGUCAUUGGUACAUUAAGUAACUCAGAGGAAUUCGCGCAGGCAUGGCAGUGCCCUAAGGGUUCUCCAAUGAACCCAGAACACAAGUGCGUUCUCUGGUGAAAAGUGAACUGAAGUUACUGUGAUGUUAGCUAUAAGUAGACCAAAGACAGUUACUAUUAAUAAGUUACCUUGAAGCGUUUGAAGUUACCACCUUAGUUGUAUAUCGAUAAUAUUAUAUAGUUGCAAUAUCGAUUUUGAAUUUAUAAGAAAAUAUCAUACAUUACAUUGUGAGUUAUUGACAAAAAGUCCUUAUUUUUUUAUUGUUGGAUUAUCGCAAUUUGCUGUACUUAGUUUAGGGACUGUUUUAGUUUAGGAACAUUAAAAUAUCUAUAAUUUAAGCAAACGAAGAAACGUAACCAUAUAGACCUACGCUACUUUUUGCGAAACAUUAACUUUAAUGGUCAUCUAAUAUUUUCAUAUUCUAUGACAUAAAUGGUGGAAGCCAAUAUAAUGGUCCUUCGAGCUAGAUAUGGACUAGUGACUUUUUGAUAAGUGCUUAACAGAUCAAUAAAUUGUAUGUAUAAUAAAUAAUCAAGUAUUAAUAAUGAUAAAUUGUGAUUGACAAAAUAUGUCGAUAUCAAGGAAUAUCAUUAACACUUUCCCAAGUUAAAAGUUCAAUAUUUACAUAGGCCAGAUAUAUACAAAGGCCAGAAUUAAAUUUUGGUUAAUUUAUAAAAUAACAUAUUUUUAUGUAAAGCACACGAAGGGGCACAUUAUUCUUUCAUCAUAAUUUGAACAUUACACUCUUUUGUGAACAAUAUUUAACACGUGAAAAAGUAAUGAAAUAAACAUAAAGCCAUGGAUAUAUUAUAUGAGACAAUUUCAUAAUAAUUUCAUACAUUAAUUAGCUUUUGUAAAGCAAUUGUGAUUGUUAUUGGGUUAAGUAUAUAUUGUAAGAACAAAUAACUGAACAAAUAGAGUUUAAGAGCAUGGUUAACAAAAUAGUAGUAAGACAAAAUGACGAUACUAUUUAUU